AUGGCUACCUUAAACACAUCCCGUGGUCUAAAAAAUCUAGCUGGUUCACUAGCUCGAUCUCGUCUAGGAAGUCUCAAAGCAGCAUGUCCUUAUGCAAACGUUCACCGUGCAAGGCUUUUUAGCUCAACUGCUCAAGCGAAAGAAUUGAAGGCUGGAGAGACCUCAGCCGACUCGCCGUUCUCGUUUCUGCCUUCAAAUGCACUUGUCCCAAAAAGCGGGCGGGGAGAACGCAGCAAGGGAUUGACGGAGAUUCGCGGAUCGUAUUACAACCCAGUUACAUAUACAUACCUGGAUGAAUUACUUAGCGAUUGGGGAGAAUUUGUUGAUGGUGUAAAGUUUGCUGGCGGUGCCUUUAGUUUGAUGCCUCCAUCGCGUUUGAAGCGUCUUAUGGACAUGAUUCAUUCUCAUGAUGUAUACGUGUCGACUGGUGGCUUUGUGGAGCGUGUGAUCGCAUCGUCAGGCGGCAAUACGAAGAUUAUCGGAAAAUAUCUUGAAACAUGCAAAGAAAUGGGAUUCGACGUUUUGGAGCUUUCGUGCGGUUUUCUGUCCCUUCCGACGGACGAUUGGACUGCGCUCGUCAAGCUUACCAAGUCCAUCGGACUCAAGCCGAAACCCGAGAUCGGGAUUCUCUUCGGAGCUGGUGGUGACACAGAAGGUCUUGAAAGCAAGGGAACGCGUGACCCACGCUGGGUUAUUGAGGUAUAUCAUCAAUAUUAUGAAAUAAUUAUUGAAUCGGAAGGCAUUACGGAGAAUGUCAAGGAAUGGCGCACAGAUGUCGUAUCUUCUCUGACAUCCGCUCUCCCGGUGGACAAGCUCAUGUUUGAGGCUGCCGAGCCGGCUGUAUUCGCUUAUUACAUCCAGACUCUUGGCGCAGACGUCAACGUGUUUGUGGACCAUUCACAAAUCGUACAGCUUGCGUGUUUGCGGAAGGGCAUUUGGGGAACAAGCGACCUAUUCGGACGAGUCACGACAUUCAAGCCAAAGCAUGACGGUUGA